AUGGAGGGUAUCGUCAAUCCAUCCCUUUCCGGGCAGAAUAUUGCACCAUCGAACGUUUCUCCAUCAAGUACAGUCGACCCAAGCACUACCAGUACUUCUGGAAGUAGCUGUCAGCAGCCCCCAUCACCCACACCCUCCACCUCCUUCGUGUUCAGCAACCCACAUCCGUUUUCUUCUACUUCUCCUACCAGCAAGCGAAAAGCUUGCAUCGAUUUUCGAAAGCUAUCUCCAAAGAGUUUACCCCCUUUAGUUGGACCAGAGGAGCUGGACAUGUUUGGAGUGACUGCCUAUGAAACACCUCUGUGGACCGCUCCAGAUAGCUGGGCUGUCGAGAAGGACGGUGAGGAGGAGGCAGAUGAAGGGGGCGACUCGAGCUCCGAAGAGAGCACGAGGGAUGCCACAUCCAACCACCCGCGUAAGCUGUCCUCUCGCGGCAGCAGUGACCGCGUCCGCGUCCGAAUAUAUCGCGCGGACGGAUCAUAUCACGUUGCCCCAAUCUCAAUACACUCCACCGUUGCGGAGCUCACCCCGUCACUUAAUCAGAAGCUAUUUGCGCAUAAGGAGCGUGAGACACAUAAACUGUAUCUCAAGGAGAGAGGACGAGAGCGUGUAUUGGCGCCUACUGAGAGGCCAGCUGCCAUUGUCAUUCGCCGGUUGGAGCAGGCUGGAUACGACCAAGCGGACAGUCUUGCUUUUCUCGGUGCAGAAGACAUGACCUUCCUCAUGAAAUUCGUUUAUAAAAGUCAACUCCUCGGCCCAGCAGCUGAAGACCUUACAUUUGAUACAUUCGACCUAGUCGACCUGACAGGCUGUAGUCUACCCACCAUACCCAUCGUCCUCCAUCAAAACGCUGGCUCGAUCGUGAUCCUCAAUCUCUCACGUAAUCCAAUGGUUGAGAUACCCCUGGAUUUUAUACAGUCCUGCACUACCCUCCGCGAUCUCAAAUUGUCCAGCAUGGCGAUGAAGAAAGUGCCUCAGAGUGUUCGGCACUCCACCAGCCUACAUCGCCUCGACCUGUCAUGUAAUCGCAUCGUGGACUUGGAUGAUGCUGGUCUCGACCGUAUACCUGAGCUCUCAAGUUUGAGGCUCCAGAAUAACAGGAUAGAGCAGCUGCCCUGGUAUUUCCCCCGCCUCAAGUUUCUGAACUUCCUAAACAUCUCAAACAACAAGUUCGUGAACGUGCCUAGCGUCAUCUGCCAGCUGCCCUGUCUUGUUGAGCUCGAUAUGUCUUUUAACAUGAUCACUGAACUUCCGGAGGAAAUUGGUCGCCUCACUACUCUCGAGCGCCUGAUUUUGAUUGGGAAUCAGGUGGUCAAGUUACCGGAAGAAUGCAGGAAUCUUGUCAACCUACAGUUACUUGACUGUCGAAGAAAUAACAUAUCCGACAUUUCCAUCGCCUAUGCCCUACCCAAACUCCAAACUCUUUAUGCCGACCAUAAUUCCGUUCACGCCCUUCAUCUGUCCAUUGGUCCCAACCUGACAGUUCUGGACGCCUCCCACAACGAUGUCACAUUCCUCAAAUUUGCUCCUAGCUCUCCACCGCAAAUAUCGCACACCCUCACACUGCUCGAUGUCUCCUAUGCUAAACUUUCCUCUCUUGAUGCAUUCGAUUUCUCUCAGCUUCCUGCCCUUCAAACUCUGAAACUUGACCACAAUGAACUCCGCACGCUCCCAGACUCCCUUGGCGAACUCUCCCAUCUCAUACAUCUUUCCUGUUGCGACAACAAACUCGUCUCUUUACCCUCCACUAUCGGCCUCCUUCAGCGCCUAGAAACCCUUGAUGCUCAUAACAACAGCUUGACGGAGCUACCUGUAUCCCUCUGGAAUUGCGCAUCGCUAAUCCAUAUCAACGUUACCUCAAAUCUGCUUGCUAGUUGGCAUGAUCCUCCUGGAGAUAACUUGAUUGCACCGGCGCCAUCUGGAAUAACUCUCGAGAUCCCCUCAUCAUCAUCAUCAGUCGGCCACACUCCAAGAAAGCCCUCUAAUGCUACAUACACUAUGUCAAUACACAACGUACCUGGUCGACCACUCCCGCCCCUCGCUUACUCUCUCGAGCGACUCUCAAUCGGAGAGAACCGUCUGACAGAGGAAGCAAUCCCUCCGUUCACCAUCCUCAAGGAGCUCCGUGUCCUCAACUUAUCCUUCAAUGAAAUUCAAGAACUACCAUCUUCCUUCCUUCGCAAUCUACAGCAGCUGGAGGAACUGUACCUUAGUGGCAACCAGUUAACGAGUAUCCCCACCGAAGACCUCGUGAAAAUGACCAGAUUGUCGGUAUUGUUCUUGAACGGGAACAAAUUCCAGACGCUCCCCGCUGAACUGGGCAAAAUUCCCAGUCUGACUAUCAUUGACGCCGGCAGCAACCUGUUAAGGUACAACAUUCAUAAUUGGGAGUUUGAUUGGAACUGGAAUUUCAAUUGUAACUUGAAGUACCUUAACUUGUCAGGGAACAAGAAACUGGAUCUCAAGCAGAACAACGGUGGAAAGCGCGUGGUGGAUGAACAUGGAAGAGUGCUUUCCGACUUUUCUCGACUAUCUCAGCUCCGUGUUCUCGGGUUGAUGGAUGUCAUGACCACUUUCCUUCCCAAUAUUCCCGAAGACUCUGACGAACGACGUGUUCGUACUUCUCAGACGGAAGUUAACGGAAUGACAUAUGGCAUUGCUGACACCAUUGGGAGGAAUGGGUACCUAACCACGCUCGAUCUCGUCCUGCCCGAAUUCAGAGGGAAGAAGGAUGAGGCACUGUUCGCAAUGUUUGGGCUUACUAAAGCUCUUCCCGGCAACAAUACUCUGUCGAAGUACCUGCACGACAAUUACGCCUCUGUCUUUACUGAGCAGCUUCUUCAGCUGAAGAAAGACCAGAAAGGGGAGCGAAGAGAUGGCGUACCGGAUGCAAUAAGGCGCACAUUCCUGAAGCUGAACAGGCAGCUCCACGACAAGCUCUACUCGCAGCCAUCUCGUAAGAUGUCCCAAGUCAGCUCAUCUACCACCGGUCCUUCUGGACCCGAUUCUUCUUACCUCCGACAAGGAGCCUCGGGCAUCGUGGUUUACGUGGUCGGCAAAACGCUGUAUGUUGCUAACGUUGGACAUGCCCUUGCUGUCAUCUCGAGCCAAGGGAAUGCAAAACUCAUUUCUAAGAAUCACGAUCCUUAUGACCGGGAUGAGGCGAGGCGCAUCCGGCUCGCAGAGGGCUGGAUAUCGCCGACGGGGCUCAUCCAUAACGAGGUUAACACGUCUCGAGCUUUUGGAUAUUUCCACGACUUUCCCGUUGUCAAUGCUCGACCCGACAUCUACGUUCGCCAGCUAACCGAGCUCGACGAGUUCGUGAUCAUCGGCAACCAUGGACUGUGGCAGUAUAUAUCCUACCAGACCGCAGUCGACAUUGCUCGCUCGGAAGCUGACCCAAUGAUUGCGGCACAGAAGCUACGUGACUUUGCCAUAAGCUAUGGCGCGGAUGGAAACACCAUGAUCAUGGUAAUAUGCGUCUCCGACCUCUUCCGCUCUCGACAGCCCAUAACAGACUCGCUCGUGGAUCCAGAGGUCUACAGCUCUAUCAAUAAAAAGAGGGCAGGGAAGAAAGCAGAUAUCAUUGAUCGCACCAUUGCUCGCUUAGAAGGAGAGGUUUCACCGCCCACCGGGCAUCUCUGCUUAGUAUUCACCGACAUUCGAAAUUCAACACAAUUAUGGGAGGCAAAUGCAGGCAUGCGCACAGCAAUGUAUAUUCACAAUGACCUGUUGCGACGACAUCUUCGAACUUGCGGUGGUUACCUUGUCAAGACGGAAGGCGACGCAUUCAUGUGCUCCUUUCCGACCACCCUUGCCGCGAUGUGGUGGUGCCUCAUCGUUCAGCUGCACCUUCUCCACGAACGCUGGCCGCUGGAGAUAUUGGAGUGCCCUGAAGGUAAAGAGGUGUUUGAUGAGCAUGGACAGCUUCUUGCACGUGGCCUUUCAGUCCGCAUGGGCGUCCACUGCGGUACUCCAGUGUACGAACCAGAUCCUACCACUGGUCGCAUGGACUACUUUGGGCCCAUGGUCAUUCGAGCCGCUCGUAUCAGCGGGCUCGCGCUGGGUGGGCAAAUCAUGUGCAGUGCUGAUGUCGUUCGCGAAUUGAAUGCCAAGAUCUUCGAGAAUGGCCAGGACACGGAGUACUCAGAGUUUCAACCAACUCAGGCCAUCGAGGCGAUCCGCCAAAUGCAGAUAGCUCUUGUCCCUGCCGGGGAAGUGAAGUUGAAGGGGCUAGAGAUUCCGGAGAUGGUUUCCCUCGUCUACCCAGCAGCCCUCUUAGGCCGUCAGGACUUAGAUGCGUCUGGGUCGCAUCUGAGCACAUCCACAUCCACAGCUCGAGUCCAGUUGAGCAUCGCUCAAGUCAGAGACUUAGCUAUGCUAUGCCUGCGUAUCGAGGCCCUGACUUCAGGCCGCAUCUUUCGUCCUUGCUCCGAACAGAAGGAGUGCGUGUCUGACAAUCCAUUGGAGCCUCUCUCCGAUGAAGACGUCUUGGAGCCUUCGGUGAUGUAUGGUGAUCCGAACUUGCUUCUCCCCCCGAUGAACGAGAAAACAUCUGAUCUUGAGAUCAUGAUGCACCUCGACUCACUAUCCUUGCGGCUUGAGAACGCUGUUGCGUGUCUGGCUCUCAAGAAACUAUCUGACAAAUCGUCCGCCAUUGUGACAGCCCUAGAAGGCCAUGAGGAUAUUGACGAACGGACGCUUCAUUUAAUAACUUCGUUGUUAUCUCGCUGUUGA